GAUUCAUCAGAUGAACUUAUUCAUCCUAGUGCUCCUUGGUACCUUUUUUCUGUUCCAGUCAACCCCCCAGAUGGACCAGAAUUGAAAACCCCCAAUCAGAAAAACACGUUAUUACCGGAAGAGUUGCAAAUGUACUUGAAUGGUCCAUGGCUGACUCGUUUGGUCCCUUCAGUCCAUAUUGUUGUGUUUAUAUUGGGUUUUCCAUUAAACAUCAUGGCGGUUUUUAUGUUUCUAUUCAAAACAAAGUUGAAGAAGCCAGCUUUCAUAUUCAUGUUUAACCUUGCCUCUUCAGACCUUUUUCUUGUGGCCGUACUGCCAUUUAAAAUAUCCUAUAAUUUUUGGGGGCACAACUGGGCAUUUGGGCUUCACAUGUGUCGUUUUGCCACAGGCACCUUCUUCAGCAACAUCUAUUGCUCUGUAAUGCUGAUGACAGCAAUAAGCAUAGAUCGUUUCUUGGCUGUGGUAUAUCCCAUGCAGUCUUUGUCAUGGCGAACACCACGACGUGCCACCCUGGCAUGUGGUGUAAUCUGGCUUGCAUCCUUCUCUGGAGUGAUACCUCUCAUGCUGAUUGCACAAACAGAGAAGGUAAUCCAGUUAAAUAUUACAACCUGCCUUGAUUCGCUAGAUGCUUACAAGAUUGUACACUUGCGUUAUUAUGCUUUUUCAUUAUCAGUCCUGUUCUUCUUUCUACCACUAUUCAUCUCGACUGUCUGUUAUGUGUGUAUUAUAAAGAAGAUGCAUUCUCCUGAUGUUGCUGCAAGGCCAGGUAAGAAGAGGCGCACCAUCCUCUUGUCAGCAGCAGUCUUGUGCUCUUUUGUUAUUUGUUUUGGUCCAAUGAACAUCUUGUUGCUGAGCCCAUUCAUUUUUCCAGAUCCAGAUUAUGGAGGUCUCUUUUUUGCCUUCAUGAUCUCCCUCUGUAUUGGUAACAUCAACUGUUGCAUUGAUCCCUUGAUAUAUUAUUAUGCUUCCUCAAAAUGUCAAAAGCAAGUGUGGAGGUUUCUGCAUAUUAAAAAGAAUUCCAGUUUCAGAAAAGAUACACAGGAAAAAGCAAACAGUAAUACAACCACCAUUUCCAGUGAUUUGAAUAUUUUGCCUCAAACAUAGUAUCUGAGAGUCUUGUGCAUUUGGAUGGAAUCACUAUCCGUUUUGUUUUAUUACAGUUGUUUCACCCUGUUUUUGUUGUUGCUUCCAAAAAUGGGGCACCUAUCCGAAUGGGAAUUUUGUCUUGCAUCCAAAAGAACAAAAAAUUUCAGACCAUUGGUGGCAAUGGGAGGGC